AUGGCCGGAAAAACUGAUCCCAUCAACUUCUGGAGGGCUGAACAUGUCUUCUCCGAUAUCGACAGCUGGGAAAGACCCCAGGAGGUUGAGGAGAUUAUCACCGACCCACCCGCAGACAUCGCCGACCGCAAGCAUUGGCAUGGCAUAACGCUGAAGUUCGUCGGUGGUAAGCUAUGUUCGCUCCAGUACAUCAGACCUACGGUGUGGAGGAUCCGGUUUGAUCCUACUAAUAAAACAAACAACCCGAAGAUGACCCCAAUAGAACAGCGCCCCCGCAUAGUUCCGUUCCUCCAUUCUAAUUCCGACAC